AUGCUACCAGCGGCUUGGCGGCUUUUGCGUCAUCGCAAGAGGCGCGACCCCGAGCCAUCUGAGUUGAGACAGCUCAAUGGGCAUCUCACCUUGACGGACAAGACUCAAGGCAGCCAGGACCAGGCUCGCCCGAGACUCAAGACUUUCUACCUGGGCAAAUCCGCCCACGAGCAGAACAUGCCUACCUGGCUCGUGAAAAAACUGGAGAAAGAGGGACAAGUGUGUACGAGAGGUGUUCUUUCCGCCCUCGAAAAGCUUCUCCGGCAAUGUUCAUUGACCAAGAUCGCAUAUCUUUGCCAUCCUUGUGUGCCGCACAUAUCAAAGCUGCCGCGUGAAGGGGGGCUUUGUGGCUACCGGAACAUACAGACACUCGUUUCAUACUUGAUUGAAACUCGCUCUCCGGGGUCGGAGCAUUUCGGCAACCACUUACCGACCGUCCUUGAAGUGCAAGACCUAAUCGAGCAGGCAUGGGACAAGGGCUACAAUCCCCAGGAUAGACUCGAGAUUGGGGACAUCAAACGAACACGCAAGUUCAUUGGGACGCCCGAGGCUCAGGCCCUGUUUCACAGCCUCGACAUAUCAUGCUCCGUUCAGGCGUUUCGACAGACUGAGUGCACAGAGGCAAGGGAAAGGUUGCUGGAGACUUUGGAAGACUACUUUAAACGAGGCUGGCAAGGGGCCAACAGCGCAAAGGUCCGAUCAACCAAUCUCCCGCCAAUCUAUCUGCAGCGCCAAGGCCAUUCGGUUACUGUUAUCGGCAUCGAGCGACAGCAGGACAAUCAGGUUUACAUUCUCGUGUUCGACCCCUCUCGCGGCGAGUCGAGCUCGAUAAAGAGGCUCAUUGGAAGGGACAAGUUCCCGAUGGCUAGCAAGCUGCUAGAGCCGUAUCGACGUGGCAUGAAGCAUCUGGGCAAGUAUGACGAGUUCGAGAUUCUCUGGUAA